UGCGCCCCUGGAAAUAGACACUAAAGUCGACAAACUGUACAAACAAUCUAGGCCAUUUUUUUGAUCUACUGCUCUGCUAACGCUAUUAACUAUGCCUAUGUAACGUGUCUGUAACCAGCUUCUGACAGACAUUCACUAUGGUGCAUCAAGUUUGUUGGAACCUCUCCAGCGCGCUGACAAUAAACAAUGAUUAAUUUAAGAUGGACUUGUACUGUCCCUGUGUAAGAAUUUCCACAACAAUUUGGCGUCAAUGAACAGGGUCAUUGAUUCUGCCUGCGGAGCUUUCAAGUGAGCGUCUGCAAGGAAAACCGGUGGUGCAUUUUAUUAAGCGUGAGGGAAAUUCCUGUCUGACUAAAAUACGACGAGACUCGCCCAGACCAGAACCUUUCUGUUAUCUGCCCAGGAGGAGACACAUCAUCUGCGAACAAUUGAGGGAUGGCAACUGAUUUCAGAGAAGAAUGCGGCUGUGCCCCACCUUCCUGCUGCAGCGCUGGCUGUGGUUGUGUGUGUGCGCCAGACAGUGGCACUGCAGAAAUGGCAACAACUGCAGACUACCGCUGUGUGUGAGGCAGAUAUGGGCCUACCUCAGACUGAUGGUCGACUCCCUCUAUUACAACACCCUCACCAACUCUGAUGUCGUCAUGGACUCACUGAUGGAACCCAUCUUAUGGAUGGUGGACCUACUCACCCGCAGGUUCGGGGCGGUGUUUGUAUGUCUGUUAGUGAUACUGACCACUUCUAUUCUGCUGGUAGUCUAUGUGGUUAUGCUGCCCGUGAUCUUCGACACGUACUCUCCAUCCUGGAUAGCCUGGCACAUGAGUUACGGACACUGGAACCUUGUCAUGAUCGUCUUCCACUAUUAUAAAGCUACCAAUACUGCCCCAGGAUACCCCCCUACGAUGAAAAAUUCAAUUCCAUUUGUGUCCAUGUGUAAGAAGUGUAUCAUCCCCAAACCAGCCAGAACUCACCACUGUGGCAUCUGCAACACGUGCAUUUUGAAAAUGGACCAUCAUUGUCCGUGGCUGAAUAACUGUGUCGGCCAUUUUAACCAGCGCUACUUCUUCUGCUUCUGUGUCUCCAUGACCCUGGGCUGUGUCUACUGCAGCAUCAGUGGCCGGAACCUUUUCCUGGAUGCUUAUAGUGCUUAUAGUGCUAUAGAGCGCUUCAAACACAUGGACAAAUCAGGUGUACCGGUGACAGGGAAGGGGCAACUCAUAGGCAUCUUACCUCCUGUGCAGAGCACCUACCAGACUCCUCCCUUAACGUUCAGAGACGAGAUGUUCCACAAGAGUGUCAUUUACAUGUGGGUGUUAACCAGCGUGGUGGCUGUAUCUCUUGGGGGGCUGACUAUCUGGCACGCAGUGCUGAUAUCCCGAGGAGAGACCAGCAUAGAGAGGCACCUCAACAACAAGGAGACCAAACGGAUGCGGAAAUGUGGCAAGGUGUACAAGAACUCAUUUAACUAUGGCAGACUGAACAACUGGAAAGUCUUCUUAGGUGUGGAGAAGAAAAGUCAUUGGCUGACGCGAGUCAUCCUGCCCUCUGGACAUGUCCCCAUUGGGAACGGCCUGACCUGGGACAUCUAUCCAUUCAGAAAAGACAUGAUGCCCGUCUGAGCCAAAUACAAAAUAACUGAAUUGAGACUUCUACAAAAUGAGGAAACACCUGAUGUCUGUCUGAUCACUGACCCCACAGACUCUGUCCACACAGAACUACAUCUCCCAGCGGCCCCUGUACCCUACAUAUACUGAUGUCACAUGACCAGGUUUUGGAGACGAGCAGGAGAGUGAAUACUGGGAGGACAACAGGGAAGAGAUGGGGAACGUUUGCUGCUCCUAAGUGAAACAACCCUACAAAAUGUUUCAACCCUGGUCCUGGCACAGGGCUUGUGUAAUAAAGGCCAACCACACUCCA